UUUCACAGGAAUAGAGAGAUGAUAGAUAGAGGAAGUGAAGUGCUGUGAGAUCGGUGCUUUUAUUUGCAGACCGUCCAACAGGAGGUCAUUUUGGAGGAAGAAGUUACUGUACACUGUAGCCUAUAUCGGUUUAUUGGCCAAUCUCAUUCUUAUUAACACACGACCAUGUGACUUUCGAUAACUUCAUCAGACCUCACAGGAACAACACCCGCAGCUGACAGACCACUGAUCCUGGACCAGUAUUUAAAGUGGACUUUUUUUUAUUGUAUGGCACUGUUUUAUCCUUCUCAUCUGGGAGCUCCGCGAUGUUUUGGUUCACACAAGGACUCUGCUUUCUGCCAGCGUUUCUGGUCAUCUGGUCCUCCAGCACUUUCAUCGUUACCUACAUUAUUGCGCUUUUCAGGCGUGAUGUCGACAUCAUCUUCCCAUACAUAAGUGACACAGGUGCUUACCCUCCAGAGAGCUGCAUUUUCGGCCUGAUGACAUUCAUUUCUGCAUGUGCAGGAAUAGCUACCAUAUAUGCCAGGUACAAGUUUGUGGAGAAGCUGAGUGGGGACACCAGGGUGGUGAGCCCCCGCCUCAAUUACACAGCACUGGUGUUUGGGCUGCUCUCCUGUUUAGGCAUGUGUAUUGUUGCAACAUUCCAGGAAACAGCUGUGACGUGCGUUCAUGAUAUAGGAGCUCUGAUGUUCUUUGUGCCUGGUAUAUUAUACAUAAUACUCCAGUCGGUUAUAUCUUAUCGUGCCUUUCCAUAUGGGUGCUCCAUAUUUGUGUGUCGAGCACGCUUGUUUAUCGCCAUCCUUGCCGCUUUGGCGUUCUUUCCCACUGCCAUCUGUGCGUACUUUGUGAAGCAAACCACACUGCACAGAGGCAAAGACGACGAGGACUAUCCCUACCAUGUAGCCAGCGCCUCGUGUGAGUGGGUUUGUGCUUUCAGUUUCAUCUGCUUCUUCCUCACAUACAUCGACGAUUUCAAACUGUUUACCUUACGAGUGAAAACAGAAGAUGUGGAGUAUUCUCAAUGAUUCUUCAACUGCCAACAAACUUUGUAUUGACUGUACAUCAGUAUUAUCAACAUGUGAUGCAUUUAUUUUUAUACACUUUUAAACACAUACUUUUUGUAAAGAAAAGAAAGAUAUCAGUGACUGUACCCUUACACUUUUUAAUCGAGCACAAAUCAUAUACGUUUACUUAACUUUGCACUUUGCUCUUGACUGUUGCCUCACACGUUUGUUCAGACCUGUGACCAGUAACAAAGGAAGUUCCCCCCCCCCCUCACAGUGAGCGCAUGACAGCUGCACAUGUGGUUUAAUAAGUAUACAACUCAAACUAAUGACGGUCUGUGAGAGUGGUGGCUCAUGAUUUCUGGGAAAACAGUCAGAGCUACACUGAAACCGUUACUGAAACCUGUCUGAAAUAUUACUUCAAAUGGGAUUAUUAAUCAAAUGUUGCCCGUAUUUUUUUUUAACCAAAAUUGUAUAAUAUAUAUUUAAUGUUUUUCCAAUUGUGUUUUCUUUGGAACACAAUACUUAUUUGUGACAGAUUAGGUUAAAAAAACUGCUCCAAUUCAGAGUUUUGUUCACUUACUCUAUGCUGCUCAUAUAUUUAAUGGUUUCCAUUGAUACUGCUAUUGGGUUCAGCAGUGCAGCUAUGGAGGAGUUUUGGCAUAUACAGCCUGCAGAAGGUCAUACACUGAAAUUAUACUAAAUAAAUUAUUUUUCUCAGUACAACUGCCAAGUUAAAUUGCCGUAAUACAAUAAACCGGAAUUGAAGCUAAUUCAAAUCAAGAACAAGUAUGCAGUGGGCUCUCAGGCAGAUAAUAAAGCCUGUUUCUCUGCCUCAAAGCUUGAGUUAGAAGCAGUUAUACACACAGGAUU